UACUCCCAAAGGAAUCCCAUCUCUCGCCUUUGACUCGCCGUCUCUCAUUGUUCUUUUUGACUUCACUUCUCUGCACACAACUUUUAUAAAUUUUCAUUUUCGCACUGGACACUAUCUGUCCCAAAGUUUUCUCCUUCCAAGCACACACCACAUUUUUCCAGUUACACGAAUAAAACAAAUUUUGUAUGAUUCUUCGUCCAUUUUAACUGCAACAAAAAUGUUGUAUGUUUUCUCACUCGUCCAACCUAUUUUCCUUCAUGCCUUAUCCGCCUCCAUCCACCUUUUCUUGCUCGUGUCGGUGUCUCUGCAUUGGCUUUGGAACAAAGUCACAUUCACACCACCAGCAGCCAGGGAAGAAAAAUCUAAGGAGGAGAAACACAGACCCAAUAGCAAUAACACCCUCUUCAAAACGACCGUGUUUUGUUCUCUUGCUGUUUCUGCUUUCAGUUUCGUCCUCUGUUUGUUCAAUUACUUCUACUGGUACACAAGUGGCUGGUCAGAGCAAAAUCUCGUGACCUUUUUGGAUUUGGCUCUCAAAACACUUGCUUGGGGCGUUGUUUCUGUUUCCCUGCACAAUGGUUUCUCAUUCUUCUUCACUGAAAAAAAAAGGUUCAGGUUCUCAUUCUUCUUCGGAGCUUGGUGCACCUUCUACCUCGUUUUUUCUUGCUAUUCCUUCGUUGUUGGCAUUGUUGUUCUCCCCGAGAGACCAAUUCAGUACUUGGUUUCCGAUGUUGUUUCCACUUGUGCGGGGUUCUUCUUCUGUUACGUGGCUUAUUUUGUGAAAAACAAGGGAUGCGCUAAGGGUAUUGAGGAGCCUCUUUUGAAUGGUGAUGCAAAUGUUCCUAAUGAAAAAGUGGCCAAGGGUGGGGACACUGUUACCCCUUUCUCACAUGCUGGAGUUUUCAGCGUUCUUACUUUCUCUUGGGUGGGUCCUCUUGUGGCUGUUGGCAACAAGAAAACCUUGGACCUUGAGGAUGUUCCUCAACUAGACACCAAAGAUAGUGUAGUUGGCGCUUUUCCGAGUUUCAGGGAUAAACUUGAAGCUGAUUGUGAUGCAAAUGCAAUUAAUAGUAUCACCACACUUAAGCUAGUGAAGAAUUUAGCAAAGUCAGCUUGGAAGGAGAUUCUCUUCACAGCUUUUCUUGCAUUGUUGAACACCCUGGCUUCAUAUGUUGGUCCUUAUCUUAUUGAUGUUUUUGUUCAGUACCUUGAUGGACGACGGCAGUAUGAAAACCAGGGCUAUGUGCUGGUUUUUGUGUUUUUCUUUGCGAAGAUUGUAGAGUGCCUUUCCCAAAGGCAUUGGUUCUUUAGGUUGCAGCAAAUUGGAAUUCGAAUGCGAGCGCUGCUUGUCACCAUGAUCUAUAACAAGGCUCUCACCCUUUCUUGUCAGUCAAAGCAAGGCCACACCUCUGGGGAAAUAAUCAAUUUCAUGACUGUUGAUGCUGAAAGAGUUGGUAACUUCAGUUGGUACAUGCAUGAUUUGUGGAUGGUGGCGCUGCAAGUCGUGUUGGCCUUGUUGAUUUUGUAUAAGAGCCUUGGCCUUGCUUCAAUUGCUGCUCUUGUUGCAACCGUUGUUGUUAUGUUGGCAAAUGUUCCCUUGGGAUCAUUGCAGGAGAAGUUUCAAAAUAAGUUGAUGGAGUCAAAAGAUACAAGAAUGAAGGCCACAUCCGAGAUUUUGAGGAACAUGAGGAUCCUCAAACUACAAGGAUGGGAAAUGAAGUUUCUAUCAAAAGUAAUCGAGCUCAGGAAAACUGAGCAAGGCUGGUUAAAGAAAUAUGUUUAUACUGCAGCCAUGACCACAUUUGUGUUCUGGGGUGCCCCCACAUUUAUAUCUGUGGUUACUUUUGGUACUUGUAUGCUGAUAGGGAUCCCCCUUGAAUCAGGAAAGAUCUUGUCCGCACUUGCAACAUUCCGGAUUCUUCAAGAGCCCAUUUAUAAUCUUCCUGAUACAAUUUCAAUGAUAGCACAGACUAAAGUUUCUCUUGAUAGGAUUUCAUCAUUCCUUUGUCUUGAUGACUUACGGUCUGAUGUUGUAGAGAAGCUUCCCAGGGGCAGUUCUGAUACAGCAAUUGAAGUAAUUGAUGGAACCUUUUCUUGGGAUUUAUCUUCCCCUAACCCAAAGUUGCAAAAUAUAAAUAUCAAAGUUUUUCAUGGGAUGAGGGUUGCGGUUUGUGGUACUGUUGGAUCGGGCAAGUCUACUUUGCUUUCUUGUGUACUGGGAGAAGUACCAAAGAUAUCAGGCAUUCUUAAGGUUUGCGGAACAAAGGCCUAUGUUGCUCAGUCUCCAUGGAUACAGAGUGGUAAGAUAGAGGAUAAUAUAUUGUUUGGUGAACGCAUGGAUAGGGAAAGGUAUGAGAAGGUACUUGAAGCCUGCUCCCUAAAGAAGGAUCUGGAGAUUUUGUCAUUUGGGGAUCAGACUGUCAUAGGAGAACGUGGAAUAAACUUGAGUGGUGGACAGAAACAAAGAAUACAAAUUGCACGUGCUCUUUACCAAGAUGCUGAUAUAUAUCUAUUUGACGAUCCUUUUAGUGCUGUGGAUGCUCACACAGGUUCUCACCUCUUCAAGGAAUGCUUGCUGGGCCUUUUAAGUUCAAAGACAGUGGUUUAUGUCACUCAUCAAGUGGAGUUCUUACCUGCUGCUGACCUUAUAUUGGUCAUGAAAGAUGGUAAAAUUACUCAAUGUGGAAAGUAUACCGAUCUGCUUAAUAGUGGGACUGAUUUCAUGGAACUUGUUGGUGCACACAAAAAAGCUUUGUCUACACUAGAUUCAUUGGAUGAAGUGGCAAAAUCUAAUGAAAUAAGUACCUUGGAACAAGACGUUAAUGUCUCUAGCCCGCAUGUUUUUAAGGAAAAAGAGGCAAGCAGAGAAGAACCAAAAGGCCAGCUUGUUCAAGAAGAAGAAAGAGAGAAAGGUAAAGUUGGGUUUCUGGUGUAUUGGAAUUAUAUCACAACAGCAUAUGGAGGAGCUCUGGUACCUUUCAUAUUGUUGGCCCAGAUUCUUUUUGAAGCUCUUCAAAUUGGGAGCAAUUAUUGGAUGGCUUGGGCAACACCCAUCUCAACAGAUGUGGAACCACCUGUUGGAGGAACGACACUUAUAGUAGUCUAUGUUGUUCUGGCCGUUGGAAGUUCUUUCUGCGUCCUUGUCAGAUCAAUGCUUCUUGUCACAGUUGGUUACAAGACAGCUACCAUACUAUUCAAUAAAAUGCACUUCUGCAUUUUCCGUGCUCCAAUGUCAUUUUUCGAUUCCACUCCAAGUGGGCGAGUCCUUAACAGAGCUUCAACUGACCAAAGUACAGUGGAUACUGACAUUCCUUAUCAAAUUGGCUCAUUUGCCUUCUCUAUGAUCCAGCUUCUGGGAAUUAUAGCAGUGAUGUCUCAGGUUGCAUGGCAAGUUUUCAUUGUCUUUAUACCUGUGAUAGCAGUCAGCAUCUGGUAUCAGCAAUAUUAUAUACCGUCAGCUCGAGAACUAUCACGUUUAGUUGGAGUCUGCAAAGCCCCAAUCAUUCAACACUUUGCUGAAACAAUUUCUGGUACUUCAACCAUUAGAAGUUUUGAUCAGCAGUCAAGAUUUCAGGAAACAAAUAUGAAACUGACUGAUGGGUAUUCUCGGCCAAAGUUCAAUAUUGCUGGUGCCAUGGAAUGGUUGUGCUUCCGCUUAGAUAUGUUGUCUUCUAUCACAUUUGCAUUUUCCUUAAUAUUCUUAAUUUCUAUUCCAACGGGAAUCAUAGAUCCAGGCAUUGCUGGUUUAGCUGUUACAUAUGGACUUAAUUUGAACAUGAUACAAGCUUGGGUGAUAUGGAAUCUCUGUAAUUUGGAGAAUAAAAUUAUAUCAGUAGAAAGAAUACUUCAAUAUACUAGUAUUCCUUGCGAGCCUCCCCUUGUUGUAGAAGACAAUCGGCCAGAUCCUUCUUGGCCCUUGUAUGGUGAGGUUGACAUACAAGAUUUGCAGGUUCGUUAUGCUCCACAUCUUCCACUUGUGUUGCGUGGUCUUACAUGCAAAUUUCAUGGAGGAAUGAAAACUGGCAUUGUUGGGAGAACAGGAAGUGGUAAAUCCACUCUCAUUCAGACACUUUUCCGAAUUGUAGAGCCUACUUCUGGGCAAGUUAUGAUUGACAACAUCAACAUCUCUUCAAUUGGACUUCAUGAUUUGAGGUCUAGACUAAGCAUUAUUCCUCAGGAUCCAACAAUGUUUGAAGGGACAGUGAGAAAUAAUCUGGACCCCCUGGAAGAGUACACUGAUGAACAAAUCUGGGAGGCCUUGGAUAAGUGUCAACUUGGAGAUGAAGUUAGAAAGAAAGAAGGAAAGCUUGACUCCACAGUUAGUGAGAAUGGUGAGAAUUGGAGCAUGGGGCAGAGGCAGUUGGUCUGCCUUGGUAGAGUGCUGCUUAAAAAAAGCAAGGUUUUGGUCCUUGAUGAAGCCACUGCAUCAGUCGACACAGCUACGGAUAAUUUGAUUCAGCAAACUCUUAGGCAACAUUUUUCUGACUCUACAGUUAUUACCAUUGCGCAUCGAAUAACUUCUGUUCUUGACAGUGAUAUGGUUCUGCUUCUUAGCCAAGGACUUAUUGAGGAGUAUGACACUCCAACAACUUUGCUAGAAAAUAAGUCGUCUUCUUUUGCUCAACUUGUUGCAGAGUAUACCAUGAGGUCCAAAUCCAGUUUUGAGAAAUCUGUUGAUCACUGAUUGAAAUAUACAGAACCAAAAGUUUCUUGACAAUGACGAAAAUCUGGGGAAUUACACAGAUUCUGUUUUUUUUUUUUUUUUUUUUGUAGAAAAAUUGUAUUUUAUAAAUAAGGCUUUUAAUCUGUCGUGGAACACUUGAGUCUCUUCUUUACAAGGCUGAAGGAAGAAACUAUUGAGGGAAGAUUUAUACAAAGUGAUAUUGAAAAUCAAAUUGAUUUUGAUGCAUUCCUGGUGUGUUUU